AUGACGUCGCUAGAGUUUAAAGAAUUCUGUAAUAAAUUCCGUAUUGAACAUCAUGUUGUGGCUAAAGGCGCUAGUAGGGCAAAUGGUCAGGCAGAGCGUAUUAUGAAAAUAAUAAAAGAUAAUAUGUCAGUGGUGGAGCUUGAUAAACCGUGGUAUUCUGCUAUGCAAGACCUACAGUUAGCAAUUAAUUGUACGAUUUCUAAAAGUACCGGUAAGAGUCCAUUAGAACUGUUGCUAGGUAAAAAAUGUUCGCCACCCGCUAUCAAGCUUCUCCAAGUUGACGAUGACGAGCCUAUAGAGGACCUUACUUCUGUUAGAAAUGUUUGUAAGCAAAGGAUGGACGAGCGAUCUUUUCAAGACAAAGUGAGGUUUGAUAUAGGUAAAGCGCGGGUCAAACCUUACAAAGUGGGAGAUUUUGUUUUGAUGCGUCGUCAUGAAAGACAUACUACCAAAUUGGGUGCAAAAUUUGAGGGCCCCAUGGAAAUAUUAGAAAUAUUACCAAACGACCGUUAUAAAUUAAAACAUGUUAAUUUACGUGGAAGUACUGAAAAGAUCGCUAGCCAUGAUUUCUUGAGACCUGCUCCUAUGGGACAGACAGAUCCAUUUGGUAAUGAUGAUGACGAGUCUGCCGUGUGGGCGGUGGAUGAGACGAGUAGCAGUGUUCAAAAUGAAGACUGCUCUCAGUCCGAGACUCAAUAAACGUGGUUUUAUUCAAGUAUGAUAUUUAUCCGAUCUCUUUUGAUAAAC